AUGGAAAACCAGCGGCAGAACGUCUCGGAGACGGAGGAUCUUCUUGCCGUUUUCCAACGAAAUACCCGAUCAAAAACCUCAACCGAUGGUGGAGAAUACUCAGAACCGAUUCCGGUUGAUCUAGUCGCCGAGAUAUUUGUGAGGCUGCCGCUGAAAUCUAUAGCAAGAUCUCGUUGCUUGUCGAAGUACUGGGCAUCCAUUCUUCGCCUCCCCUAUUUCACGGAGCUGUUCUUGACCAGAUCUUGUGCUCGCCCACGUCUAUUGUUCUCCUUCCUAAAAGACGGUUGGAUGCCGAGGAAGACGCAUCAUGUGUCGGUGGUAUGUAACCCUAGCACCGGACAAACCUUGACAGUGAACUCGAGGAGGAGGCUUGGAGUGAGGAGCUAUUUCGGGUAUGAUCCCAUUGACAAACAACACAAAGUAUUGGCCAUGACCUGGAAGGUUAAUAGAAAUUAUUGGAUGGUCUCUGAGGAGCAUCAAGUUCUGACGUUGGGAACAAGCGAACCGUCAUGGAGAAUGAUCGAAUGUUGCAUACCCCAUACUCCUCUCUACAGUGAAUAUUAUAAUAUAUGCAUCAAUGGUGUUCUGUAUUAUCAAGCGGUAAAUAAGUCUUCGGGGGAUUGCAUAAUCGUUUGCUUUGAUGUUAAGUCGGAGAAGUUCAGUUUUGUUAAAGACAAAGACGCCUUUACUACAUCAUAUGGUUGUGCGGCUCUGAUAAACUAUAAAGGUAAAUUAGGUUCACUUCUUUUUCGAAAGUCUUUUACUUAUUAUGGAAGUAUUAAGUUGCGGGUUCUAGAAGAUGCCGAAAAGCAUGAAUGGUCGGAGCAUAUCUUCGUAUUGCCUACUUCUUGGAAGAAUAUAUUUCAAGACACAUGGUUACAUGUUGUUAAAGUGACUCAGACAAAUGAAAUCGUGUUGGCGAGGUCGUCCUCCGACGUUUUGUACUACAAUACCGAGACAAACACAAUCAGAAAAGUUGCAAUCCAUGGAAUGGAGGAAGCAUUUAAGGACGGUAUCGUUUACGCCUUUGGAGACCAUGUAGAGGAUGUAAAGCUUCUAUAA